GAAGAGACUAGAGGAUUUCGGGAGGCCGGCGAGCAGAGCAGAGCACCACCUCUCUGUCCGCCGACCGCUCGCCUCGCCUCGCCUCGCCUCGCCGCCCGCCACCGCCGGCAAUCGCCCAGCCUCUCCGACGGCGUGGUGUUCUUCUGCAACAUGGUGGGUCGUCUCGGUGGAUCUCUAUGGCAUACUCCGGGGAGGGCUUCCGAGUCGGGAGCCGGCGGCAACGGCAAUGCUCCGUACACGGUGCUCACCCAUGUGGCCGCCAAGGGCUCCGGCGCCGCGUCGACCCGGCAUCGUCUCCUUGACAUCCGGACGCCAGUGACGCAGUUUAAGAGGAAGCUCAAGUUGCCGGUGGAGACGCCGUUGAAAUCCCCGUCCUUGAGUCGGGUUCGGCGACCCCCGCCCCGUGGCGAGGAGACACCGUCGCGGGUGAGCGCAGCAACCCCCCGCAGUGCGGUUGCUGCCCACAGUGUGCAUCGUGCUAAGACCGCUGGAGCUGGGUCUGUCCAGCGGAAGCUGGCCAGGAGCACGUUGAAGCCGGGUAGGGCCAGCGGUGGACUGAAGUUGGUGGCGAGGGCGCUGCACGCUACGGCGGUGAAUUCCGAGGAGGUGCCGCAUUUUGAGCUCCAUGAGGACCCCUCCUUCUGGAUGGAGAACAACGUGCAGGUUGUUAUCCGUGUCCGCCCUUUGAAUAACACUGAGAAAAACCUUUGUGGUUAUAAUCGCUGCUUGAGACAAGAAAGUGCUCAGAGCAUCACAUGGACCGGACACCCAGAAUUAUGUUUUGAGUUCGACCAUGUUGCUUGUGAAUCAGUGAAUCAGGAAGUGCUUUUCCGAGUUGCUGGUUUACCAAUGGUAGACAACUGUAUGGCUGGAUACAACAGCUGCGUAUUUUCUUAUGGGCAGACUGGAAGUGGAAAGACACACACAAUGCUUGGUGAAAUCACUGAGUUGGGAGUGAAUCCUGGUCCAGAAUGUGGCAUGAUACCACGCAUUUUUGAGUUAUUAAUUGCAAGAAUCAGAGAGGAAGAAGAAAGCAGGAGGGAUGAGAAGCUCAAGUACAACUGCAAGUGUUCUUUCCUGGAGAUUUACAAUGAACAAAUUACAGAUCUUGUUGACCCUUCAUCCACAAAUCUUCUGCUCCGAGAAGAUACGAACGUUGGAGCCUAUGUUGAAAAUUUGACCGAACGUGAAGUUACCAGUGUCGGUGACAUCAUGACACUUUUGACGCAGAGUUCUGUUAAUAGGAAAGUGUCUGCGACAAACAUGAAUUCUGCGAGUAGCCGCUCGCACACUGUAUUCACAUGCACUAUCGAGAGUAGGUGGGAGAAGGAUUCCAUUUGUAACUCACGGUUUGCAAGACUGAAUCUAGUUGAUCUUGCUGGGUCCGAAAGGCAAACGGCAUCUGGUGCUGAAGGUGAGCGGCUUAAGGAAGCUUCCAAUAUUAACAAAUCAUUGUUAACACUCAGCCUUGUGAUAACUAAUUUAGUUGAUCGCACAUCUGGGAAGAAAUGGCACAUUCCUUAUAGGGAUUCAAAAUUGACGUUCCUUCUCCAGGAUUCACUUGGUGGAAACUCGAAGACGUUGAUUAUCGCAAAUGUUAGCCCUUCAUUGUGUUCAAGUAAGGAAACACUCAGUACCCUCAAGUUUGCUCAACGUGCAAGGCGCAUUCAAAACAAUGCUCUUGUGAAUGAAGACUCUUUAGGAGACGUUCAGACUUUGCAAAAUCAGAUAUAUAUCCUAAAGGAGAGGGAGUCUGCUGACAACGAAUUGCAGAUGUUGCAGUCUCAAAUAGCCAAGCUUCUGCAAGAAAAAGAAAAUGCGAGAGAAUGCCAUCUCAAGAGUCAAGAAACCAUUGAAGAUUUAAGUUCUCAGGUCCUUCAGUUGCAGUCAGAAAUGAUUGACAAAGAGAAGUGCUAUGAAGCUAGACUGGAAAUGUGUAGUGUUCUCAAAGGGAAGUUGCUAGUCGACAUCAACAAUAAUUUUGGUCUUAUUGCGAAGAAAGAACAAGAAGCAACUGAACUGAGCUCAAAAUUGGAUUCGUUUGGAAAUAAAAUUCUGCGUUUGCAAGCACAAGAAGAAGAAAUGUUGGCACGGGCAGAUUCCAUGUAUAAUAAACUGUCCGUUUUGACUGAAGAGAUUGAUAUUACCAACAUGAAUCAUAACGAAAAAAUUUCUGUGCUGGAGAAGCAGCUAGCAAAUGCAGCUAGUGAACUAGGUGCAGUUUCUCUGGAGAACAAUGAGUUGAGAUCUCAGCUCAACUGUAUUGAACGUCGCAGUUACUUUAUGGAAGAGGAGUUAACCCGUGAAAGUAAUGCCACUGAAAAAAUGGAAGAAAAGUUAACUGAGCUGAAAAUUUUACUUGAUGAAAGGAACAGCUUCCUUCAAAAGUUGCAAAAUGACUUCUCCAAGCUUUCGGAUGAGAAACAAUGCUGUGACUCUCAGGCGCUUAUCUUGAGAGAUAAGCUGGGGAGGGCUCAGGCAUUGGCAGAAGAACGUGAAGCAAUUGCUACAGAGGCUUGGCAGAUAGCAGAUGAAAUGAAGACAUGUGCCGAAGAGAAGGUCAAAGAAGUCAAGGUGUUGGAGAGAUCAGUUGAUGAUCUCCAAAGUACUGUAUGUGCUCUAGAGGAGCAGUUGGCAAGGAAAGUUAGUCAACCUAAUGCAGUUUCUGUUGCAAAGAACAAACAAGGAACUGAACUUGGAAAGAACAUUAUGCAUCUGCAUAGACAAGAAGAGGCAAUGUUGUCAGGGUCAAACUCCAUGCACAGUGAACAGUCUAUUUUGAUUGACGACUCUCCCUCAAACUCGUGUCGACGGCAGCGUGGCGGCGAGGUGGAGUAG